UUCCUYGGUGACAUCAAGUUGCAAACACGAAAUCCACAGCUGCAAGUAACAUUACUAACUCAAAGCCAAGUUGACAUGAAARAAAUGCUGUAAUGGCAAGCUUUGUGAAGCCUUCAAGAGGCAAMGAAUUGAGAUCUGGCUUGUCAAAGUGGGARYUAGAAGARCUGACUCAAGAACGCCGUAAGACUCUGAACAAGAGAGAACURCAYCGUGAAAUCUUCGCCGAUGGACUUCGAUGUCCGCUGUGCUUUUCCUUGCCUUGUGCGAUAAUAGCUUUUAUUCUUCUUAUUCUAAUGGGACUGUACAUUGUCCAUCCGUAUCGAGUCGGUAAAUCUCUACUUAAGACCCAGUGUUAUUACAAUAGGACAGAGUAUAGUCCAACAUGGGCAGGCUACUGCAGCCACAGGACAAACCUUUUUAAACCGUGCUUUAGAAUUAUUGUUAAUUAUAAUACUUCAACAGUAACCAAUAUGCAGGCAACAUUACUUGAAAAUGAGCAAGCAUUAGUUCAUUGUAGUAAAGAGUGUUCGUUCACUCAAGGUAGAAGCGGUAUCUUUAAUAAAAGAACAAAGUGUGCUUGGAACAGUGARGUUGAWAUUACUAAAUGUUUAAGGCAAUACAGAAAUGUUUAUGGCAUUGAUAACGCCACGUAUCCAUGUUAUUACGAUCCUAAUAAUAUAAAAAAUGUGAUUGCAGUGCGUCAGAUCUCAUCAAGUGAAGCAGUGCUAGCCGUCGCUAUACCAUCCUCCGUCCUUAUUAUCUGGUUGACUGCUCUAAUAAUACUAGCGUACGACAGAUACAGGCGAAGAGUCCUCGACGGUCGAAUCUUAGUCCAACGACAAGAACAAAAUGAAAGAAACGGUUCAAUCACGGCCGAGAAGGUCCCAAAACGAAAAAAAUCAAAACCAACUGGCUUAAGCAUUAGCUUCGGAGGAAUAUCACGGCGAGACACAACAAACACAUAUACUGAAGAAGAAACGACAUUUGAGACGGAAACUCCCAGGCGAAAACGAAAGAAAAAAYUACCGUGCAGCAAGCCACAUUUUCAAUUUAAUUAUUUGGAUGAGGGUAUCAUAUUAGAGGACAAGCCGAUAUCACCGACACGAGAUCAGCCGUUAGACUUUAGUUAUUUGACCAUAGACUCGGCGCCUCCUUGCAGUUGYCAUCAGCUCGAUGAUAUUGAUGUAGURCCCGAGAUUGAUGAUCAUUACACUUCGUUUACUCUCUCUUAUGGUAGCCCCAAAAGAGCUGGAAAAAUAUUGAAAUAUUUGCCUGAAUCGUUUGUCUAACAAGAGAGAAGGGUCUAAGACCGCUUCGUUUUUCGUACGAAAUAGAGAAAGAACCAGGAAUAUUUCCAGAAAUAAAUGCAUACACAUUCUACUGGAAGAAAGGAAAACGUGGCCGCAAAACGGAAAGUCAGAAAAAAGAAAAUUGGCGACAAAAUCCUCGGAGCUUAUACCCCUUUAGCCGCCACAUAUCGAAGUUGAAUGGCCUCCAGCCACGAUAUUUUCUACUUAGGGGGAACCCUAACACAGGAAGCCCAAGAGUAGAAAGGAAAGCGGAAGUGAGACGCCUUCGGAGGAGGCUGGAGAUUGAAAACUAUUGAGAAAUAAGAAGCCAUGGCUUUACUGGUCGUUAUCGAACGGAGUUUCCAAGAAACCAAAUAAUAGACCUCGAUAUUACGGACAAUGCAUGAUUACGGACACCGCAUGAUUACGGACACUUAAAUAAAUACCCGCUCUAAAGCAAUGAGUGAAAGUAAUCUCCUUAGAGCAAACACUCACUAUAGCAAACUUGUUAAUUAAGAUCGCUUAUAUGUCCGUUAUAGCGAGGGUUGACGUUAUAGAGGGGGUUGACGUUAUAUUUUACGUCUGAAUAUAGUUCAUAGAAUUAACGAAUAAAUUACAACCAUCUCAACAGAGAACGCGUGCAGAACAUUUCUUUAUUGCUGUUAUUAAAAUUCUCCACCCAUUGACACAAUUGAAAUAAUUUGAAGCAGAUCGAUAUACAGGUAAUACAAAAUCAUACAAAAAAAAUUACAUUGGUUUUUGGGAGAAAUUGAAAAAAUUCAUAACAACUAAUUGUAAUAUUAGUAGAAUUUAACAAAGAGAAAUAUUAGAACUCAUAUUUACAAUAAAUGAACCGUCCCUCCCUUCCCAUAGUACGAAAUUUGAACCACACAACUGAGUAUGGUACACUUGAUUUCACUAAGGGUGGGGAGGGAAGAAACUCAUUGCCUAAUCCAAGUAAUUGAAGCAUUUAUCAGCUGUUACUAGUAAUAAUUCGAUAAUGUUCACUGUACAAUAUACUUAUAAAAAUGCUUUGUUGAGACA